GGCUUCCGCCACGAUCUCGGCCGCUCUCGCGAGAGCUCUCCCUUUUCCCAGGCCGGCGCGGAGAGAGAGGCAGAGGAAGGCCAUGUUCAGCUCCAGCGCAAAGAUUGUGAAGCCUAAUGGCGAGAAGCCAGAUGAGUUCGAGUCUGGUAUAUCCCAGGCUCUGCUGGAAUUGGAAAUGAACUCUGACUUAAAGGCUCAGCUGCGGGAGCUGAACAUCACAGCAGCUAAGGAAAUUGAAGUGGGUGGUGGCAGAAAAGCCAUCAUCAUCUUCGUACCAGUUCCUCAGCUGAAAUCCUUCCAGAAGAUUCAGGUGCGGCUAGUUCGUGAGCUGGAGAAGAAAUUCAGCGGGAAGCACGUGGUGUUCAUUGCUCAGAGAAGAAUUCUGCCCAAGCCAACAAGAAAAAGCCGCACAAAAAACAAGCAGAAGCGUCCCAGGAGCCGUACGCUUACUGCAGUGCACGACGCCAUUCUUGAAGAUCUGGUCUUCCCAAGUGAAAUUGUGGGCAAGAGAAUCCGCGUAAAACUGGACGGCAGCAGGCUUAUCAAAGUCCAUUUGGACAAAGCACAGCAGAACAAUGUUGAACACAAGGUGGAAACAUUUUCUGGUGUCUACAAAAAGCUCACAGGCAAAGAUGUGGUGUUUGAAUUUCCAGAAUUCCAGCUGUAAAGUGCAAAAAAUGGCUGAAUAAACAUCUAUUCCUAUAA